AUGGCAGUGCAAGAGGACAUGCUUGAGCGCUUCUUUGAGGAAGCUGUCAACAAAGAAGUUGCUUUGGACGAGUUUAAAGACGCGCCAACCCAAAAUUUGAAGCGUAGAUGCGCCGAGUACUAUACUGCUCAGAAGAGAAAGUGGGAGAGCUUCAAGAGGUUUUCCUUUGGAUUUAACCCCAUAGAAAAAUUCAAAGACAUUCCUGUGAUAUGCACUAUAUCUAUGUACCCAGGGUAUGUUAUGGUUGGGCCUGUAGAGAAGGAGGGCGUUAAGCAUGGAUACACAGACGUUAUAAACACGCUUCUGUCGUAUGUAAACAGAAACCUGAUCCACCCGUAUCUGCUGGAUCUUCUUGACAGGGGGGACUAUCCGUUCUACGACAAUCACGUGGUUGUGGAGGUGGUUGACCACCGAGUGGCGGAGCCUGUUUCCAACAGAGUGCUGCUGCGGGGGUCUGUGGCAGGCAUGCCGUACGUGCACGGGGUUCUUCUAUCGACAAAAACCGAGGAGGCUGUUGAGGCUGAGAUAUAUGCAAAAACAGCGAAGAUUUGUUUGGACCCUACUCCAGAAGUGUUUGAGAUCCUGAAAGUGCACGACUACAACGUAAGGAAGUACGACAUGCUCAAAAUAGACAAAAAGCAGAAGAUAAAGGUGCAGAUCAGCAGUGUGAUAAAAGAGUACCGAAGAGCCGAAAACAACAGAAAAAACGAGGCAUACUUGGGCCUUGAAAGGUCGACCAACUCCCGGAUUUACAGGACUGCCAAGUUUAUAGGCGGAAACACACACUACUCGAUAAACGCAGUGGCAAACACAGACUAUAUAGAGGUGGUGUUCCGAAAGGGGGACAGCAUAAACACAGCCACGGGAGGGUUUAUUUCUAAAAGGAAAUUUACCACGUCUGCACAGAUAGACCUAUACAUAGACAGCACUAAGAAGCUGCUAGAAAUAUACCACAACGACCUCAAGUGCAUAUGCGACAUUUCUGCAAACCCCAGAAAGACAAAGCACUACAGCCAGUCCCCGUACCAGAGAAUACCUGUCGAGGACGGGAUGUCUAGACAAGUCAUAUACGGGUCUCCAGGGCAGGGCGCCCCCAUGGAGAGACACAUGCGGUUCAUAAAGCCAGAGCCCAUGGAGGAGCACCCCACCAUAAACGACAGAAGGCCGCCCAACUGGGAUGGAAAGCCUUCAUCUAAGGAAAUGGACGACUUUAACUUUGACUAUGUAAACAAAAAGUUCAUAUAG